AUGUCCAAUUCUAAACCGUACGUAAUCAAUGCACAAAAUGUCGAAAAGAUUAGUGAAGAUGCAUAUUCCUCAGGCUCAGGAACCUCCACAUCAAACCCCCAAACUGGAUUCAAAGGGCAUUGGGAUUCUUUCCUAGAUGGAUUCCAAAGAGCUCCACAAACACUCAAUGAAGGGGAUGACAGGAAAAAGGCCAUUUCGAAAAACGAAUUGCGAUUAAUGUCAUUAUCAACAGGAUUAGGAACGGGGCUUUUAGUUGCCGCGGGCAACAAGUUGCGUAUGGCUGGUCCUGCUGGUGUCUUGAUUGCUUAUGCAAUCACUGGUUUAGCGAUGCUCGUGCCAAUGAUUUCGGCUGUGUCUGAGUUGUCUAUUGCGUACCCUGGGCUACCAGGUGGGUUUCAAUCAUAUUAUUCUAAAUUUAUUGAUGAGUCGUUGGGGUUUGCAUUGGGGUGGAGUUAUGCGUUCCAGUGGUGUUGUGUCAUUUCGUUGGAGUUGGUUACUGCGUCGAUCACAAUCAAGUUUUGGACAACGUCGGUGAACCCCGACGUGUGGGUGACGAUUUUCCUUGUUGUUGUGAUACUUGUUAAUUUGGGCGGUGCUAAAGUGUAUGCUGUGGCUGAAGGGAUUUGCAAUUCGUGCAAGGUGUUGAUGUUGUGUGGGUUUGUGUUGUUUGGGUUGAUUAUUGAUGUUGGUGGUGGGCCACAGGGGUUUGUUGGUGGACGGUAUUAUCAUGAUCCUGGUGCAUUUACUAGCUUUAAAGGAUUUGCGUCGGUUUUCGUUACUGGUGCUUUUUCGUUGGGUGGAUCUGAGUUUAUUAGUUUGUCAGCUGCUGAGACUAGGAAUCCAAGGUCAUCGAUACGUGCUGCUUCCAAACUUGUUUAUGUCAAGGUAGUACUCUUGUUUCUUGGGUCAUUGACGUUUGUUGGAUUAUUGGUGCCUCACAACUCCGAGGACUUGAUGGGUUCAAGUGGUGGUGAUGUACAUUCUUCGCCUUAUGUCCUUGCGGCACAAUUGCACGGUGUUAAAGUAUUGCCCCACAUUAUCAAUGCCGUUAUUCUUAUUUCGGUUUGCUCAGUUGCAAUUGCGGCCAUGUAUAGUUCACAACGAUUGAUUCAAUCUUUGGCACAUCAGAAAUUGGCACCAAAGUGGUUGGAUUAUGUUGAUAAACAAGGUCGACCAACACGUGCGUGGUUUGUCACUAUUCUUUCAUCAUUUUUUGCCUUUAUUGCUGCUUAUGAUCAAGAAGAGACUGUUUUCAAUUGGCUAUUGUCGAUUUCAGGGAUUUCAUUUGUCGUGUGCUGGUUAUUUAUCUGUGUGUCACAUCUUCGAUUUAGAGCCGCUUUGAAACAUAAUGGGAUUGCAUUGGAUUCAUUGGCGUAUACAUCAUCCACGGGAGUCAUUGGAUCAUGGUUGUCAAUAAUUAUCAAUUGUUUGAUAUUGGUGGCGCAAUUCUGGACGUCGCUAUUCCCCAAUGGCAGCACACCUGAUGCCAACAAUUUUUUCCAAAAUUAUCUUGGAGCUCCAGUGAUGGUUGUGUUUUUCAUUUGUCACAAGUUGUAUACGCGUAAUUGGCGAUUAUGGAAGCCGGUAGAAGAAAUUGAUAUCAAUUUGGAGCGAGUGAUUUAUGAUCCUGAGAUUUUGGAGUUGCAGAAUUUGGAAGAGAAGGAGAGGUACAAUAAGGCACCAUUUUGGAAAAAGAUUUUGAUUGUAUGCUUUGAUUAA